AUGACGUUGACCAAAUGGCACAACCAUUGGCCUGGAGGUAUCCCCUCCUUCAUUCGCCGGCACGAAGAACCUGUGGAAAAUGUGGCCACUGCCUCUCUGGGCGACGGCGCCGCCGUGGAUGAACAGAGACGAGCUCUGAUCGAGCGUUGGGCAACAGCAGACCAGGAAUUCCGCGAUAGCUAUGAAUCCCGAGCACCAGAGGAUGAACGUAUCUUUGAAAACCCCGAAGAUCCUACGAAGUAUUUUCCUGUGGAAGAUAACCAAGGCGAUAUCCUCGACAUAUUCAAAUUCCGCCAAAGUGUCGCCCGACCCGAUUUCCUGGAUAUGUACAUGACGGUCAAUGGAACUGUGCUAUUCACGGAGUGCGAGCCCAAACUGAUUAUUGACGACUACACUCUUGAGACUGGAUUGUGUCUUUGGGUUCAAUUCGAGAAUAAUGGGACUAGGGAGAGAGCCUGGCGGGCUCAGAUGGUCAUGGAGGAGUUCCCCGACCAUUUCCGCGAUGUGCAUCUCAAUAUGAACUCAUUGGACUCCGUGUUGACAUACCUGGAGGAGGAUGAGGACCCGCACCCAGAGGAGAUAUUGGAAGAUGAGCCGGUCGAUAUGCGACGGCCGUUGAUGGAAAUUUAUCCGAGGGAUAGAAGCAAGCAACUGGAUCGGUAUGCGCCGGGCUUUCGAGAGGCAGAGGAUGCGGGUAAUGGCCUGCCGAUUGGAUAUGAUUUGGAACGGAUAAUUGCAGAUGAUGGAGGCCCUUUGAGGAUUAUAGAAGACUGA